CUCCCUGUAUCUCUCUGUCUCAAAUGAAUAAAUAAAAAUCUUAAGAAAAGAAGCAGACAUUCCAGCAGGGGAAUAGGACAAUAUACGAUAGACCAUGGAAAAUCAAUGAUAUGUUAGCAGGUAAAAAGUUACGACAAUGAAAAGCAGCAGGUAAAGGGGCUGAGUAGUGUCAGAUCUAGGGUGAGAGGUUUAAAAGGAGGUCAGGGAAGGCCAUGGGAGGGCAGAUCUCAUGUGGGAGGGUCAUGUGUGAGCCAAGAUAUAAAGGAGGCAAUGGAGGGGGCCAAGUGAAUAGGAAAAGAGUUUCCAGGCAGAGCAAACAGUAAGUCCAAAGGCCCUGGGGCAGGAGACUGCUUGGAAGUAUUCAAGCCCCAGCCAAGGAGGCCAGUGUGGCUGGAGAUUGGUCAGGGAGGCCAUGGGAGGGCAGAUCUCAUAGGACCUUGGUGGCCAUGAUGUGGACUGUGCCUUGGAUUCCAGAAAGGGCCAGGAAGGAGUCUGAGCCAAGGAAGGGCCUAGUGGGACUUAGGGGCGGAGUAUGAAUAGGCUGUGGAGCGUGAGCGCAGAAGCAGGGCAAUCCAUGGGGCAGCGGUGACUGCACUGAUCCAGGCGAGAGAUGAGGACGGCUCAGGCCAGCCUGGUGAAUGUGGAGAUGGUAGGCAACGGGCAGAUUCUGAAGCUGGAGCCAACGGGGCUUGCCGUGGGCCCAGGUCACCCUGAGGCUUUGGGCCUGAGUCACCUGUUAGGAUCAGCUCAGUCAGAGGGAGCGUGGCAAGAGCCGUCCCAGCUGGCCCGGCCAUGGGGCAGGUGCUCUGACGGGGGCCCCCCGGCACACUGGGCACGCGGAAGAGGAGGCCCUGCCCCUGGAGGAAGUGGAAGCCUGCGGUGGAGGCAGGUGCAGCCAAGGUGAGACCCAUGCUGCUCCACCCCCGGGUGUGCCAGGCCCCCCCCGGAGCCCUGGGGACAGGACCAAGGGGGCAGGAACGAGCAGGUGUGGGAGCCACUGGCCCAAGAGAGCUCCCUUUGGGGCAGGGGCCAAGGGGCUGAGGUGUGAGGGUGCCAGUCCUCUUGGGACAGGGAGCGCCCUGGCAGGGGUGUCAGCAUGCCCAGCCCACAUCCGGUACUGCCCCCAAUCCCAGUCCCUCACUGACCUGAGCCUGGGCUCUGGGCCUGUUCCUCCCCAGACUGUCCCUGACGACAGGUGUGAGGCGCUCUGGGUCAGUGGCGCACUUUAGGCUGGGGUGGGGGUGGGGGGGGAAUGGAAAGAGGAAGGAUUGAAGGGGCUGUCUGCCAACUGCCUAUGCAAAUGGCUUCUGACUCGGUGCACCUCCCAACCCUCGCUCGGGCCCGGAGGGAGCGAGGGAGGGCACUACUAGGUUUUUUCUUAAUUCUCAUUUCCUCUGUUCUCUGAGCCGAUGAGGGAAGGGGCUGUGAGCUCUAAGCAUCCUUUCCUGUAGCCGCUGCCCAGUCUGCCAGCCAGACCCUCUGGAGAAGCCCCCGCUCCCUGUCAUGGGCCCCUGCUGUGGUGCCCUGCACCCCCUGUCUCUCCUGGUGCAGGCCGCCGUGCUGGCCGUGGUCCUGGCCCCGGGCGCCCUGCCUCCCUUCCUGCCCUGUGAGCUCCAGCCCAACGGCCUGGUGGACUGCAACUGGCUGUUCCUCAAGUCUGUGCCCCGCUUCUCGGCGGCAGCGCCCCGCGGGAACAUCACCAGCCUCUCCCUCUACUCCAACCGCAUCCACCACCUCCGCAACUCUGACUUUGUCCACCUGUCCAGCCUGCGGCGUCUCAACCUCAAGUGGAACUGCCCCCCCGCCGGCCUCAGCCCCAUGCACUUCCCCUGCCACAUGACCAUCGAGCCCAAUACCUUCCUGGCCGUGCCCACCCUGGAGGACCUGAACCUGAGCUACAACAGCAUCACCACCGUGCCCGCCCUGCCCAGUUCCCUCGUGUCCCUGUCCCUGAGCCGCACCAACAUCCUGGUGCUGGACCCUGCCCACCUCGCAGGCCUGCACGCCCUGCGCUUCCUCUUCCUGGAUGGCAACUGCUACUACAAGAACCCCUGCCAACGGGCCCUGCAGGUGGCCCCGGGCGCCCUCCUGGGCCUGGGCAACCUCACACACCUGUCGCUCAAGUACAACAACCUGACCGUGGUGCCCCGCCGCCUGCCCCCCAGCCUGGAGUACCUGCUCUUGUCCUACAACCACAUCAUCACCCUGGCCCCCGAUGACCUGGCCAAUCUGACCGCCCUGCGCGUGCUUGAUGUGGGCGGGAACUGUCGCCGCUGUGACCACGCCCGCAACCCCUGCAGGGAGUGCCCCCACGGCUUCCCCAAGCUGCACCCUGACACCUUCAGCCACCUGAGCCGCCUCGAAGGCCUGGUGUUGAAGGACAGCUCUCUCCACAGCCUGGACCCCAGGUGGUUCCAUGGCCUGGGCAACCUCCUGGUGCUGGACCUGAGCGAGAACUUCCUGUACGGCUGCAUCACCAAAACCACAGCCUUCCACGGCCUGGCCCGGCUGCGCAGACUCAACCUGUCCUUCAAUUACCACAAGAAGGUGUCCUUCGCCCACCUGCGUCUGGCGCCCUCCUUCGGGAGCCUGCUGUCCCUGCGGGAGCUGGACAUGCAUGGCAUCUUCUUCCGCUCGCUCAGCGAGACCACGCUCCGGCCGCUGGCCCACCUGCCCAUGCUCCAGCGUCUGCAUCUGCAGCUGAACUUCAUCAACCAGGCCCAGCUCGGCAUCUUCGGGGCCUUCCCGGGCCUGCGCUACGUGGACCUGUCGGACAACCGCAUUAGCGGAGCUGCGGAGCGGGCGGCGGGGGCCACGGGGGCCACGGGGGCCACGGGGGAGGCGGGCGGGGCGGAGGAAGUCUGGCGGCCGUCCAGGGACCUGGCUGCGGGCCCACCAGGCACCCCGAGCUCUGAGGACUUCAUGCCAAGCUGUGGGGCCCUCAACUUCACCUUGGACCUGUCGCGGAACAACGUAGUGACGAUCCAGCCGGAGAUGUUCGCCCGGCUCUCGCACCUACAGUGCCUGUGCCUGAGCCACAACAGCAUCUCUCAGGCGGUCAACGGCUCACAGUUCGCGCCGCUGAGCAGCCUGCGCGUGCUGGACCUGUCCCACAACAAGCUGGACCUGUACCACGGGCGCUCCUUCACCGAGCUGCCGCGGCUGGAGGCCCUGGACCUCAGCUACAACAGCCAGCCCUUCGGCAUGCGCGGCGUGGGCCACAACCUCAGCUUUGUGGCGCAGCUGCCGGCCCUGCGCUUCCUCAGCCUGGCGCACAACGCCAUCCACAGCCGCGUGUCCCAGCAGCUCCGCAGCGCCUCGCUCUGGGCCCUGGACUUCAGCGGCAACGCCCUGAGCCAGAUGUGGGCCGAGGGGGACCUCUACCUGCGCUUCUUCCAAGGCCUGAGGAGCCUGGUCCGGCUGGACCUGUCCCAGAAUCGCCUGCACACCCUCCUGCCCCGCAACCUGGACAAGCUCCCCAAGGGCCUGCGGCUGCUGCGUCUCCGUGACAACUACCUGGCCUUCUUCAACUGGACCAGCCUGACCCUCCUCCCCAUGCUGGAGGCCCUGGACCUGGCGGGGAAUCAGCUGAAGGCCCUGAGCAACGGCAGCUUGCCGAACGGCACCCGGCUCCAGAGGCUGGACCUCAGCAGCAACAGCAUCGGCUUCGUGGUCCCCGGCUUUUUCGCCCUGGCCACGAGGCUGCGAGAGCUCAACCUCAGCGCCAACGCCCUCAAGACGGUGGAGCCCUCCUGGUUUGGCCCCGUGGCAGGCGCCCUGAAAGUCCUCGACGUGACCGCCAACCCGCUGCACUGCGCCUGUGGGGCGGCCUUCGUGGACUUCUUGCUGGAGGUGCAGGCCGCGGUGCCCGGGCUGCCCAGCCACGUCCGCUGUGGCAGCCCCGGCCAGCUCCAGGGCCGCAGCAUCUUCGAGCAGGACCUGCGCCUCUGCCUGGACGAGGCCCUCUCCUGGGACUGCUUCGGCCUCUCGCUGCUGGCCGUGGCCCUGAGCCUGGCCGUGCCCACGCUGCACCGCCUGUGUGGCUGGGACCUCUGGUACUGCUUCCACCUGUGCCUGGCCUGGCUGCCGCGGCGCGGCCGACGCCGGGACGCCGCCGCCCUGCCCUACGACGCCUUCGUGGUCUUCGACAAGGCGCAGAGCUCGGUGGCCGACUGGGUGUACAACGAGCUGCGGGUGCAGCUGGAGGAGCGCCGCGGGCGCCGGGCGCUGCGCCUGUGCCUGGAGGAACGCGACUGGCUGCCCGGCAGAACGCUCUUCGAGAACCUGUGGGCCUCGGUCUACAGCAGCCGCAAGACGCUGUUCGUGCUGGCCCACACGGACCGCCUGGGCGGCCUCCUGCGCGCCAGCUUCCUGCUGGCCCAGCAGCGCCUCCUGGAGGACCGCAAGGACGUGGUGGUGCUGGUGAUCCUGCGCCCGGAUGCGCACCGCUCCCGCUACGUGCGCCUGCGUCAGCGCCUGUGCCGCCAGAGCGUCCUCCUGUGGCCCCGGCAGCCCCGCGGCCAGCGCGCCUUCUGGGCCCAGCUGGGCACCGCCCUGACCAGGGACAACCGCCACUUCUACAACCAGAACUUCUGCCGCGGCCCCACGACGGCCGAAUAG